AUGGGCAAAUCGUCCAAGGACAAGCGCGAUGCCUACUACCGCCUCGCCAAGGAGCAAGGCUGGCGAGCCCGGAGCGCAUUCAAGCUGCUGCAGCUCGACGAGGAAUUCGACCUCUUUGCCAACGUUUCCCGCGUCGUUGACCUCUGCGCCGCGCCCGGGUCCUGGUCGCAAGUGCUCUCGAGGGUGCUCAUUCAGGGCGAGAAGUUUGGCCGAGCGGCGUGGCAGGACCGCGAGGCGCGUCUGCGUCAGCAGAUGCUAGGCAUGGUGACGACGACGACGACGACGACGACGAGCGACGCAAAAGAUGAACUCGCCCGGGCGCUCACCGCGCAGCACGCCGCGUCCCAACCCCGCGACGACGUCAAGAUUGUGUCGAUUGACCUGCAGCCGAUUGCGCCGCUCGCGGGCAUCACGACGCUGCGCGCCGACAUUACGCACCCCGCGACGGUGCCGCUGCUGCUUUCUGCGCUCGAUCCGGAUGCUAAUCACCACGGCGACAAGGCGACCAACCCUGUGGACCUGGUGCUGAGCGACGGCGCGCCCGACGUGACGGGCCUGCACGACCUCGACAUUUACGUGCAGUCGCAGCUGCUGUUUGCGGCGCUCAAUCUGGCGCUGUGCGUGCUGCGGCCGGGCGGCAAGUUUGUGGCCAAGAUUUUCCGCGGGCGCGGCGUCGACGUGCUGUACGCGCAGCUCAAAAUCUUCUUUGAAAAGGUAGUCGUGGCCAAGCCGCGGAGCAGUCGUGCGAGCAGCGUCGAGGCCUUUAUCGUGUGCAUCAACUUUCGGCCGCCGCCGGGGUUCCGCGCGAGCCUCGAGGAGCCGCUGGGCGUUGGGGAGCGGCUCGGCGACAUGGUCGAGGACAAACGGCGGCGGAUGCCUGCGGUGGUGAGCAGCGUCAUGCAAGAUGAGAAGAGGGGCACUUGGGACGUGUUUGUGGGCGGCUGCGGCGGGCAUGACAACGACUACGAUGUGGUGGAGGAGCGACAGGUGUACGAUGACGAGGGGGAUACAAUGCGUACGUCGACGACGGAUCCGAGUAAGAGGUGGAUUGCUCCGUUUAUUGCGUGCGGCGACUUGUCCGCGUUUGACUCGGACGCUUCUUACACGCUGCCCGAGGAUCACGUCUCCCUGGACCCGGUGCAGCCGCCAAUUGCGCCGCCGUAUAAGCGGGCGAUUGAGAUGCGGGCUGCGCUGUCGUCCAAGAGCCGCUAA